AUGGGCUCCGAAACAUCAUCCAAAGCCUAUGAUUGCGAAAGAGAACCCUCCGACCCAAAACAAUCUAUUAUGGUGAAGCUUGGCACAUCUUCUGGUUGUUCUAUUGACACCAUAUCUGGAAAUGUAAUUACUCCCACUAUCCCUGAAGAAGUAUUGGGAAGAUACAGAAAACUAGGUGUUUCAACAUCUCCAGUAAAGGGCCAGGAUGAUUUUAAUGGAGUAGUUUCUCACACACAACUAUCAGCUUCAUCUAGAGAGAAAUAUCAUGAACUAAAUGACCAAAAUUUUUCUUCCAAAAGGGUAUCGAACGUUGUAACACCUGUUACAGAGGAUCACGAUGACCAAAGCCAAGAUUCUUCUUUCAUGGGUGUAUCAAACAUGUUUACACCAACAAUGGGAAAUCAUAACCAUCAAACCCAAGUUCCUUUUAUCAUACAGGAAACACCAAUAUUAACGCCAUCCACAGAAGAUCACAGCUAUCGAAAUCAAGGUUCUUCCAAUAAAGUAUCGACAGUUUUAACAUCAGCCACAGAAUAUUUCAGUAAGAAAAACAAAAAUUCAUCUUUUGCACCAAUUCCAGAAGUUAUAAAGCCAGAUACAGUAAAGGUCCACAAUGAUCCAGGCUCCAACUAUUCUACUAGACGAAUACCGAUGACAAGUCAUCGACACAGGAACGAGAACCUUGAUGCUCAUGGGCACUCUCCCGAUACUCAUCGAUUGUCCUUUCUAGACAAGGUCUUAAGAGGAUACGACAAACGUGCCUGGCCCACUUACGGAAUGGGAAAACCCGUCAAUAUCACUGUUAACAUGUACGUGAAUAGCCUGGGCUCAGUAAGCGCUGCUAACAUGGACUACACUAUGGAUAUAUACCUGCGACAGAUAUGGUAUGACCACAGACUUAAUCUGGAGUAUUAUAAUAUUAAUGAAACCGUAACAUUGAAUGGAGCUAACCUUAUUGGACGACUUUGGAAACCUGACAUAUUUUUCUACAAUGUAAAGGAUGCCAGUUUCCACAUUGUCACAGUUCCAAAUGCCAUGGUAAUGAUAUCAGGCGAAGGGCGUAUUUUAUAUAGUUUGAGGUUAAAACUCCGUUUAUCUUGUCAGAUGUCUUUUAAACACUAUCCAAUGGAUAUUCAACACUGUCCUAUUACACUAGGAUCUUAUUCACAGAAUUCAGACACGCUUCUUUUAUCCUGGUCGAAGUCUCCAGUGUUUCUGAAUCCGGAGCUCAUGAUUCCAGAAUUUGAUCUAACAAGCAUCUCGACGUCUCAACCAUACAUUGAGUUCUAUGAAGAUUUUG